AUGAUUUACACAGGGAAAUUUUGGGCCAUAGUCGCUGAGAUCCUACUUAUAUGGACUGUCGCAAGACGAGUUUUUCCAACCCCUCGUGUCGAUGAGGUAGCCAUAGGCACUGCCGAUACCGAGUCUGCGCCGGACCCUGCGCGAGCUUCCAUGUCGUCGGUAGAUGAAUACUCUUUGUUACUUUCGCAUGCGAAGCACUCUGGCCCCGUUCAGUCAAAAUGCCCUCUAGUCUCGCCCCGUGGGCAUUUAGGGCAGAUGGCGAAGCAGCUCGGCCACGGCGUCCAGCCUGUGGAUGUCACAUCUAGUAAAAGACUAGCUUAUGAUAUCGGCCUAAUCGUUUAA